AUGAAGGGUAACGUCGUCUUCGGGCUCAUUGCGAUUGUGAACGCUGGCUUUGCGAACGAUAAGAGGUGGAUCGGAGAAUCGGGCAAGCUCACCACGCAGGUUAAACUCAGUACACUUGCAAGCAAAGCUGGUGCUAUCCCGCUCACUCUUUGUGCUACCAGAAGCUACAGAGGGUUACUGUGGUCCAGACAGGAGCGGUGCUGUCACGUCAAGAACUCGGCCGUGCUGGAUAGGAUCGACGCCGAGGCCGGUGCGGCAACCUUGUGCGAGACCAAGGUUUCCAAGUGGCAGGGCUUCGGUGACUGCCUGUGCAUCGGACAUCCGGACAAAGGACUUGCGAAACAUGCCCUUGGCAUCCCUAAUUCUUCUGGCAAGAUUGCUUGGGCCAACUACUGUGUCACACCUUCUCUGAGUCGGUGGAUAUUGGAAGGCUUGGACUGCCCUGAUCCCUGGGACCCGACCAUGAUUUUUGGCGGCACAGCCGACGUGCUAUAA